AAGGGACCACGAAUUUCUCUGCGGUUCCAUUGAGCCCAGAAGAGGGGCCGACAUUCGGGGAGAUGCUGCAGGAGGGGGACGGAGCUGCCGCCUCUCUGGGAAAUGAGACGUUGAUCAGAGAUGGUGGGAGGACACGGGAGGCAGCUUUUCUGCCGCCGCCUCUUUUUGUUGAAGUGGAAAGAGCGUCUGGGCAGCCGGAACAGGCUCCGGUGACCUUUGAGGAGGUGGCCGUGUGUUUCACGGAGGCGGAGGGGGCUCUGCUAGAUCCAGGCCAGAGGGCUCUGCACAGGGCCGUCAUGGAGGAGAAUUACGGGACUCUGGUCUCCCUGGGGCUUCCGGUUCCCAGAUUAGAUCUCAUUUCCUGGGAGGAAGAAGCAGAUGACCCGUCUGUCCAGGGCUCUGAAGAAGGGGAGAGCGCAGCAGCUAAUGGGAAGGAGAGCAAUAAAAAUGGCCAACAGCAGAAGUUGCAGAUCAAAUCCACUUUCUUUGAAGGGUCAGACUUCCAUGAAUUUCCAAUACUAGAAGAAUGUUUUGAAGGAAACAAUAUAUAUUUUCAGAAUGAGGAGAGACCAUGGAAACGCUCUGAGUGUGGAAAAACCUUCAGUCAGCAGAUAAACCUCAGCGAACAUCAAAGAAUUCACACAGAAAAGCAAACUUAUAAAUACUUGGAGUGUGAAAAGCCAUUCAGUUGCAGCUCAGACCUGAACUUACAUGAGAGAAUUCACACAGAAGAGAGUCCCUUUAAAUGGUCAGAAUGUGGAGGCUGUUUCAAACUAAACAUGGCCCUUAAAAUACACCAGAGAAUACACAGAGGGGAGAAGCCCUUUAAAUGUUCACAGUGUGGAAAAAGCUUCAGUCGGAGUGCCAACCUUAACUCACAUCAAGUAGUUCACACAGGGGAGAAGCCCUAUCAAUGCUCAGAGUGCGGAAAGAGCUUCAAUUACAGCUCUGGGCUUAAACGGCAUCAAAGAUUGCACUCAGGAGAGAAGCCCCAUAAAUGCUCACAGUGUGGACGGAGCUUCAGUCAGAGUUCCCACCUUAACUCACACCAACGAAUUCACACAGGAGAGAAGCCCUAUAAGUGCUUAGAGUGCGGAAAGAGUUUCACUACUAGAAGAAGCCUUAAACAACAUCAACUUAUUCACACAGGAGAAAAGCCUUAUAACUGCUCAGAGUGCGGAAAGAGCUUCAGUCGGAGUUCCCACCUUAACUCACAUCAAAUAAUUCACACAGGAGAGAAGCCCUAUAAAUGCUCAGAGUGCGGAAAGGGCAUUAGCCGGAGGUCUGACCUUAAAAGCCAUCAAAGGAUUCACACAGGAGAGAGGCGGUUUAAAUGCUCAAAAUGUGGAAUGAGUUUCAUUCAUGGGAAUAGCCUUAAACAGCAUCAAAGGAGUCACACGGGAGCAGCCAUAUAAAUGCCCAAGUGCAAAAAGAGCUUUAGUCAGAGCUCCCAACUGAACUCAUAUUGGCUAUGGGGUGGUAUAGAAAUGUACUAAAUAAUAAUACUGUGCAAUGAUAAUAGGAUUCCUUCAGGGUGUCAAUAAACAUAUAGAGAGGAGUGA